GUAAAUUUAUUCAUGAGGGGAAGUAACUUCUGCGCAGCACGCUGAAACGCUCAAUUCUUCGUUGUACAUCAACGAAUGUUCUUCUUGUUUUCGUCUGUCACAAAACAUCGUGGAUUUUCACGAUAAUGCUGGCUAUCCGUGCAUUCCGUGGUGGUUGUAGAGGAAGAGAAGCGGCACAUCUUUUGGGCACAUUGUUGCGUCCUUUAAGAAACAGUGUUGCUUGUGUAAGUACUAGCAAGAUUACUCAGGGCCAGGUUGCUACCCAGGAUGUGCAGGCAGAGGAGGCUCCGAAGCAGUCGCCUGUAUGGUCUUGUAACGAAUGGGAUCCAUUAGAGGAGAUCAUCGUAGGGAGAGUGGAAGGUGCUCACGUGCCGCCAUUCACUGUCGAGGUCAAGGCCAACACCUACGAGCAGCAUUGGGAUUUCUAUCAAUCCCACGGUGGGCAGCCCUUCCCUGCGGCCCAUAUGGCCAAAGCAGCCGCUGAAAUUGAGACAUUUUGUAAUGUGCUUGAGCAAGAAGGAGUAACGGUUCGCCGUCCGGCAUUGUUGGAUCACUCCAAGGAAUAUACAACUCCUGAUUUCAAAUCCACCGGAAUGUACGCUGCAAUGCCUCGUGACUUCCUGUUAGUCAUUGGGGAUGAGAUCAUUGAGGCGCCCAUGGCAUGGAGAGCUCGAUUCUUUGAGUAUCGGGCAUAUCGUCCCAUCAUUAAGGAGUAUUUCCGUCAAGGAGCUCGCUGGACCACUGCUCCGAAACCUCAAAUGUCUGAUGACCUCUAUGAUCAUGAUUACCCAAUAUCUAAUGUUCAAGAUCGUCAUAAACUAGCUGCCCAGGGCAAGUUCGUAACUACCGAAUUUGAGCCUUGCUUUGAUGCAGCUGAUUUCAUCCGAGCUGGUCGUGACAUCUUUGCCCAAAGAAGUCAGGUUACCAAUUACUUUGGUAUUGAGUGGGUGAGACGUCAUCUUGGUGACCAGUACAAUGUUCAUGUAAUAUCAUUCAAGGAUCCAAACCCCAUGCAUAUUGAUGCUACGUUCAACAUCAUUGGACCUGGUCUGGUCUUAUCCAAUCCGGACCGACCUUGUCACCAGAUUGAAAUGUUUAAGAGGGCUGGCUGGACUGUUGUUCAUCCACCUAUCCCGGACAUCCCUGAUACCCAUCCGUUGUGGAUGUCUUCCAAAUGGUUGUCUAUGAAUGUCUUAAUGUUGGACUCAAAGCGCGUCAUCUGUGAUGCCAAUGAAGUUCCCACCAUGAAGAUGUUUGAGAAGUUAGGAAUUAAGCCGAUUCCUAUCUCUAUCCGUCAUGCCAAUUCCCUUGGAGGUGGUUUCCACUGCUGGACGUCCGAUAUUCGUCGCCGUGGUAAAUUGGAGUCGUAUUUUUGAGCUGCGAACCCAACAAAUCCGCAUCCCGGAAGAGUCGAUUUUUAGCGAAUAUUGACGAGAAUUUUCAACUUUAUUUGUAAUGUAUACAAGUAUAGAUUUGCCGGUUUGUGUAUAUCCAAAUUUAAAUAAUUCCAGCCAAGGAGUGGGUUUACAGAGCCAGACCAUUGGUGAAGCCAGUCUUGUACAUUCAUUUCAUUUCAAAUUUUUUCGGGGCAUAAUUGACCUCUGACCUCUCAAUCCAUGUUCAUUUUUAUUCUGAUCUUUUCAAUACUGUAAACGACUUUAAUUUCCUGAGACAAUUUCAUAAAUCGGUGAAAAUUGAACAAUUUUGCGGCAGUGAAUAUCUCUUAGGUGUUCUGGGGACUAUCAUGCUUUAGCAAAUAUUGUCCUGGGGGGGGGGGGGGUUAUAGCAACUGAAAAAAUUUUAAUAAAAAUGUCAGCUGUGAAAGUUGAAAAAAUUUUAAAAAUUACUGCUAAGCAAUCAAAUGCGAGACAGUUUGGGGUUUUUAAAAUUAUGUUCUUUCAGCAAAUAAACGAUUUCGCAACAAUCAAGAAUUCUAAUCUUGUUAGCCCCAUACAACUUUUACAUUUUCUUGACCAUAUAAAGAUUAUGAAAUUUUAAAACUUGGGCUUGUCUCGGAGUCUAUACAUUGUAUCACUCAGCUGUGAAGGUUUGUUUUAAUGCACUGUCACUGUGUGUUCUAACAAUCACGUGUAGAUUUCUAAAUCUGGUUUUAUUUUAUUUUUUGUGCAAGUUUUGUUUGUUUUUUGUGGAAGACUAUUUUAAUUAUUAAAAUGGGUCAUUUGCUUUAAUACAAGUUUGAACCAGUUCAAACCGGUUUGCACCAGUUCUUGUGAAGCGAUGUGGAUUGCUUUUAUUUCGAAUAUGCAAUUUUACUUCAGAGGCUGUUGAAUAUACAAAAUAAAAUAAUUCUAUUUCGUAAGGGCUGAAAAGAUUUACAACCACAUGGUAGGUGGCACACUCUAUCAAAUUUUCAUCAUGUUGAACAAUUCUUCACAAACCACUGACACAAUGUACCAAAUAUACUUCCGCCAAGCGUGUUUUGAUUGGUUAACUGCUUGACGCAUAAUGGCAGACACCUGUAUUUUUAAAGCAUCUCGAUUCUUUGAACAGAGAAAUACAAAACAUUGUACUUAAAUUUUAUUUUUUAAAUGAUUGAACACACAGUGACUAUGUAAUGUUUUCCCACCCUGGCUGUGAUUGAGUAUACAGAUAAAAUUGUCAGCCUUCUUAAAAUAAUGUCAAAUGUCCUGUAUGUAAUAUAUUCUAGUCAUUUACGUCAAUAAAGCUCGUUUUUAAUAAC